GCAAUUCGUCCCGAGCGAUGUCUUACGGGACGGCUCCGUGUCUCUCCGCCCAGCCAGGCCAGCAGCGCCAGCGUGAGCAACCCUUCGCGGUGUGAGGGUAUAUGCUUCGGACAUUGCACCGCAUGCGUGUUGAAAUCGCAGCCGAUCGUUUUCAAGCUCCCCAGUAGUUCGAACACAUUAUCACCAGCAGGUGUCAGCAUCGAGAGCCAGAAGCAGCUGCUCUGAGCUCAUCGAGCGUAUGGUGCAGACGCUCGAGUAUGCUCCAAAACAGCCAGGCUUCAGAACCAGAGUCGCGGCUCUCACGUCUGACAUACGGAGCCAUGGAAACACGAAGCAGUGGGCUGUGGCCUUGAACUUGUUCGCAUGCGCGUCGCAGACGCUGGUGCAAAAGAACACGAUCCUGUACAACGCGCUCAUCAGCACAUUGGGAAAGGGCGGGCAGUGGCAGCAGGCGUUAGUGCUGCUCGGCGAGAUAUCGCGAUCGGAGUUGCAGCCAGAUUCAGCUACAAUUCAGGAAUUAGCGCGUGCGAGAAAGGGGAGCAGUGGCAGCAAGCGUUGUCGUUGUUAGGCGAGUUGGGGCAGACCGCUGCUGGACCAGAUCUCAUCAGCUACAGUGCUGCCAUCAGCGCGUGCGAGAAAAGCGGACAGUGGCAUCGGGCGUUGGUGUUGCUCGGCCAGAUUUGGCAUGCGAAUAUUGAACCGAACAUCGUUAUCUACGGUGCUUCAAUUAGCGCAUGCGAGAAGGGUGGGCAGUGGCAGCAGGCUUUGUCGUUGCUCGACGAGUUGGGACGAAUAAAGCUGAGUGCGAACAUAAUAACCUUCAGUGCUGCUAUUAGCGCAUGCGAGAAGUGCAGCCAGUGGCGGCACGCGCUAUCCUUGUUCAACUGGAUACAGAAAGCGGGGUUGCAGCCGAAUCUGAUAAGCUACAACGCCGCAAUCAGCGCGUGCGAGAAAAGUGAACAGUGGCAGCAGGCACUGGUAUUGCUCAGCCAGCUGCGCCAGGCGAAGCUCAGUCCGAACAUUAUAAGUUGUAACGCUGCUAUGAGCGCUUGUGAGAAAGGCGGGCAGUGGCAGCAGGCAGUGUCGUUACUGGGCGAGUUGACAAGGUUGAGCUUGCAGCCAGACGUAAUCAGCUGCAACGCCGCAAUCAGCGCUUGUGGGAAAGAUGGAUGGUGGCGGCAGGCGCUGACGCUGCUCGGCGAGCUGCGGCUAUUACAAUACAUCCCGGAUGUUAUCAGCUACGGUGCUGCAAUUAGCGCUUGUGAGAAGAGUGGACAGUGGCAGCAGGCGCUUGAUUUGUACAGGGAGUUGCCGCAAGCGAAAGUGAAUGCGAAUGUAAUUUGCUUGACUGCCGCGAUCAGCGCAUGUGAGGAAGGCGGGCAGUGGCAGCAGGCCGUGUCGCUAUUGAGAGAGAUUGAGAGAGGCAUCGCAUGCGAAACUCUAUAGGAACACCAUCUCUACUACAAUGCAGCGUUCACCGCUCGCCAAAUAGUUAAGCAGUGGCCGCGGGCCGGCCCCUCCAGAGCCCUUCCUGGGCGCCCCAGCAAGCUCUGGUCGACUCCAGCGCGGCUCCGAGGCUGCCCCAGGCCGCUCCGAGACGCUCCGAGAUGCCUCUCCGGAGGCGCCCUCGAAUGCCGGGACGGUCGGUCCCUGCUCAACUAGUGGUAGCCGCCCUCCAGCCGACGCCCCGCGGCAGCCACCCUGGCCUCGGGCGCCCCGACUGGCUCGCGGCGCAGGCUUGGCGCGAGAGGCUC